AUGUUAGCAGAGAAAGGGUUAACAUCACCACAACCGUCUCCAUCACUGCCAUCGCCGCUGCUGUCACUACUGCUGCCAUUAUCUGCCACUGGUGUUGAGGCUCCGGAAAUCGCUGUCACGGAGCCGGCUGUCGACAUUGCGACGUCUCUUCUGAUCUUGCUUUUGGCAACUUCUUCCGCACUGUCAGCCGCCGUGCUCCCAGUGGCUGCUCCUUACGCCGUCGCUCCCUUCGCCUCCAGCUACAACGCUCACACUGUCAACCAUAACAUCGCUACUCCAGUCGCCGCUGCUCCCUAUGUAGCCGCUCCAGUUGCCGCUCCCUUGGCCGCUGCUCCCUAUGUAGCCGCUCCAGUGGCUGCUGCUCCUUACGUAGCUGCUCCCUUAUCAGCAGCUCCCUACGUAGCUUCUCCAUACGUCAGUGCUCCUUACGUAUUCACCGGAGGCAACCCUUACCUUCUGAAAUAAAUCUAUAUUUGCUCAGAUGUAUUCCAGAUCUCAUGUGCCAAUAAAAAUAUAUUGAUGUGAAUAU